AUGGCGAAGGAGGCAAAUCUCGCGAGCAUCCUCGAGCAGAUGAGCCGGUUGAUGGAGGCGCAAAGCAUCGCACAGAAGGCGCUUCUGGAACAGCUCGCGAAGCCGAAGGACAACGAGUUCCUCAUGGAGACACUGUCGAAAACCCUCCCAGAGUUCUCAUACGAUCCGCAGAACGGAGUGGUUUUUGAUAAAUGGUACGCACGACACCAGGAAGUGUUCACCAAAGGAGGCGCCGCUUUGGACGAAGUGGAUCGAGUGAGAUUGCUCCUACAAAAAUUGAAUUCGGUGGACCACGACCGCUAUGUCAACUUCAUUCUGCCGAGGACCCCAAAGCAAGUUUCAUUUGCGGACACAGUGAAGACACUGACGGAAAUGUUUGGGCACCAGACGUCCGUGUUUUUCCGUCGAUUCCAGUGUUUACAAACACGCAAGCGAGACUGCGACGACUUUGUCACCUACGCCAGCACGGUGAACAAAGCCUGUGAAGAUUUCAGCAUUAACACCAUCACAGCGGAUCAAUUUAAGUGCUUGAUCUUCGUCGCUGGGCUGCACUCGGAGAAAAACAAGGACAUUCGAACGAGGCUACUGGUGAAGAUGGAAGGUGAGACGGCAGCGGAUCCGAUGACUCUCAAGAAGUUGCUGCUGGAGUGUCAGCAAAUGGAUAAUCUCAAACACGAUACAGCUGUUAUUGAGAAUCCAAAAGCUGUCACGUUCGCUGUCUGUGAUGCAGUGCAGAACAACGAAGUGCGAAGCAAUCGGACUCCCAAUUGGACAUCGGAGAAGAAGAAGCAGACAACAUCCAAGACCCCGCGGCGACCGUGUUGGCAGUGCGGGCAAAUGCACUUUGUUGCUGACUGCUCGUAUACAACGCACACCUGCCGCAGCUGCGGAAACGUGGGGCAUAAGGAAGGAUAUUGUGGGUGCUUCUCCAAACCGGGAGAAUCCGCAGCUCCUGUAUCGAGACCGGUACCACCCAGCGGAAAAAGGAAGAAAGCUAAGCCCAAGAAGAAAGCCGAUCAACAGUUCCAUUCAAAGAGUGUCUAUGCAGUAAACACGCUCAACACAGCCGGUGUCAUCGAGAGACGAAAGUUCAUCGAUAUUAUCAUCAACGGUUUCCCGAUUGAGCUCCAAAUCGAUUGCGGGUCGGAUUAUACGAUUGUUUCGGAGGAGUCCCUACCACAGCUAGGACAUCCGGAGAAGCGGUCAACGGAUCUGAAGGUGUCUACAGCGUCAGGCAAACCGCUACCACUGGAUUCGGAGUUCGAGUGUCAAGUCACAUUGAAUGGAACGACCAAGCGAUCGGUGUGCUACGUGACGCCAGUGAAAGGAUUCAACGUGUUCGGCAGUGACCUGAUGGAUCUUUUUGGACUAUACGACGUUCCAAUCAACGCGUUUUGCAAGCUGGUCACAAGCGAAGCUGAAUCGGAGGCGUAUGCGAAUGCUUUGAAGGCUAAAUUUCCAGCGGUGUUCCAGGAAGGGCUCGGUCUGUGCACCAAGACGAAGGUUCAUCUCUUUCUGCAACCUGGUGUUACGCCGGUUUUCAAACCCAGGAGGCCGGUGCCGUUUCACUCCCAACGGCUGGUUGAGAAGGAGCUACAGCGACUACAGAACCUUGGCGUUAUCGAACCGGUAGAAUUUUCGAAUUGGGCUGCACCCAUUGUUGCAGUUCGAAAGGCACAGCGAGAUGCGGAAGGCGAUCCAGUUAUCCGCGUUUGCGCGGAUUAUUCUACCGGGCUUAAUGCAGCACUUGAGGCAAACAAAUUUCCGUUACCGACACCCGACGAUAUUUUUGCGAAACUGGCCGGCAGCCAGUACUUCAGUGUGCUGGAUUUAUCAGAUGCCUAUCUUCAGAUGGAGGUCGACGAGGAUUCACAAAAGCUGCUGACGGUGAAUACCCACAAAGGACUCUUCAAGUAUAAGCGGCUCCCUCCGGGAGUGAAGUCGGCUCCUGGAGCCUUUCAGAAGGUGAUCGACAACAUGAUCGGUGACCUGGAAGGAACGGAAUCUCUGCUCGACGACGUUAUCGUUUUCGGAAAAACUCGAGCCGAGCACGAUCGGAAUCUCAACAACACUCUUCAACGGAUUCAGGAGUUCGGAUUUCGACUGAAGCUCGAGAAGUGCAAGUUUGGCGUGACUCAGGUAAAGUACUUGGGACACAUCAUCAGUCGUGAUGGUCUACGCACAGAUCCCGAAAAGGUAAGAGCUAUUGUACAAAUGCCUCCACCCAAGAACGUGACGGAGCUACGAUCAUUCUUGGGCGCAAUAAAUUAUUACUCGAAGUUCAUGAAGGAAAUGCACCUUUUGCGCAAACCUUUGGACGAGUUGCUACAAAAAGACAAGAAGUGGGUCUGGACCGACGAAUGCCAGCGUUCGUUCGUGAGGUUUAAAGAUCUGUUACAAUCGGACUUGAUGCUUACACACUAUAAUCCUAAACUGCAGAUUGUAGUGGCGGCAGAUGCUUCGAACACAGGCAUCGGAGCGACUAUUCGACAUCGGUUCCCUGAUGGUACCGAGAAGGUGAUUCAACAUGCUGCAAGGUCAUUGACACCGACGGAGCGCGCUUACGGGCAGAUAGACAAGGAAGCUUUGGCGCUAGUCUACGCCGUGACCAAGUUUCAUCGGAUGCUCCUUGGGCGGCCAUUUAUUCUCGAAACAGAUCACCAACCUCUUCUUCGCAUAUUUGGCUCGCACAAGGGAAUACCAACACACACCUCGAACAGAUUGCAGCGAUUCGCCUUGACUAUGUUAUGCUACGAUUUCAAGAUCGAAUACGUUAGUACGACCAAGUUCGGGUAUGCAGACGUUCUCUCCAGACUCAUCAGUUCGGCAGCGAAACCGGAGGAGGACUAUAUCAUUGCUUCGGUGAAGUUGGAGGAAGACCUUCUAGCUGUUCUAGAGCAAUCAGUCAACAACACUCCAGUCACAGCCAGGAUGAUUGCGACGGGUACGAAGCAGAACAGGGUACUCAACCAAGUGCUUCAGAACAUCGAGUGUGGAUGGCCAUCAGAAGUAAACGAUCCGGAGAUCAAAGCGUUCUACAACCGGAAAGAAAGCUUGACGGUAGUCCAGGGCUGUAUUCUCUUCGGGGAUCGCGUAGUAGUUCCUCAGCUCUAUCAAAACCGGAUUUUACAGCGAUUGCACCACGGACACCCGGGCAUAGUACGAAUGAAGUCAUUAGCCAGAAGUUUUGUCUUCUGGCCUGGAAUUGAUGGGCAGAUUGAAGCGUUCGUAAAGCAAUGCAAGAAUUGCGCAUCGGUGGCUAAGUCUCCAGCUCACGCAGCACCGGAAGCAUGGCCGACUCCAUCUGGGCCAUGGCAGCGACUGCACAUUGACUUCGCGGGACCGAUUGAUGGUCUUUGGUUCUUGAUCAUUGUUGAUGCGUUCUCUCGUUGGCCGGAGAUCUAUCCGACGAAGACAACGACUGCGAAGGCUACAAUACAGUUUCUUCGAAGCACUUUCGCACGUUUGGGGCUUCCGUUGACGAUUGUUUCAGACAACGCUCCCCAAUUUACUUGCGACGAAUUCGAAUCCUUCUGCAAGACAAACGGAAUCGUUCAUCUUCUAACCGCCCCCUACCACCCGCAAUCUAACGGGCAGGCGGAGCGAUUUGUAGACUCGAUGAAGCGGGCACUCAAGAAAAUCAACAAGGGAGAACCUCUCCAGGAGACGUUGGAUGUAUUUCUAGCCACGUAUCGUUCGACGCCGUGCGGAUCCACCGGACAAAAAUCACCCAGCGAAAUGAUGUUCGGUAGACAGAUGCGAACGACACUCGACCUACUGCGACCAGUGAGCAAAUCGACACACAUGUUUGAAUCUGGGAAGCUGAGCAACAUUAAGCAACCGAGACAGUUCAACGUUGGCGACUUGGUGUACGCGAAGGUGCACAAAGGAAACGAUUGGUAUUGGGAAGCAGGGAGAGUUAUCGAAAGGAUUGGAACUGUAAACUACAAUGUCUGGCUGAGUGGACAACGAUGCGGCUUAAUCAGAUCUCACGUCAACCAACUUCGUCUUCGACACGUGGCGAUGAACCGAAACGAAAAUGAGGUUUAUUCGACGAAUGCACCAUUACCAUUGUCAGUGUUGUUGGACGAAUUCAACAUCGGUCCGCGACCAACGGAAAAUGAACCGAGAGCUCUUGCUCAACCUGAACAAGUUGAGCUGCAGGAUCAGCAACAACCAGUUCCCGGCCCGGAUCAAGAGUCACCACAACGCGCUGCUGUCGGAAGCCGCAUACCCGUGGCUACAACUUCUCGUGGACGACCAGUUCGACUUCCUCCAAGGUUUGAGCAUUACGUUAUGUCCUGA